ACUCACUAACUACUCGCUCUGACUAAAUUUGUACAAUAUAUUUCAGUUUAAGCACCUUUAUUUAUUAAUAAACUUUUUCUGGUUGUUUAUGUAUAAAAUGUGGAUCAUUAAUAUGAAACAUCCUCCUGGGUGAGACUCGGUUCUUAUCUGUGCUCCACGUGUCUGAUCUGAUCUGAUCUGAGGGACUUCAGCACUGACAGAACCGCAGCAGGUACCAGGUGGAUGCCAGGCUGCUUAUUUAAACUGGCAUGGCUUUGAUGGAGCAUGCCGAGGCUCAGCUGGCAGAGAUCGAGUUGUUGGUGAGCAUGUUUCCCAGUGUGGAGGAGCUGGAGGUGGAUCAGUUGGCUCUCUCAGAACUCAGGGCUUUUGUGGAGGGAACAUCUACCGACCCCCCGAGCACCAGAGCUGAAGUGUGUGUGAAGAUCAGGACUCACACUGGGGUGUGUGUUACGUUGUCCUGUUCGUACCCACCCGACUACCCACAAAUGCUUCCUGAGAUCACGGUCAGAUGCAGCGACCUGAGUCGAACCCGGCACGCGGCGCUGGUCUCCGGCCUGCGCUCGUACCUGAGCGAGAGCUGUAGCGGUGAAGCGUGCGUACUCUCCGCCGUUAACUGGCUCCGAGACCACACGGACGAACACGCGGAGCGAGAGGACGACGCCCCGAGAGAGGAACCCGAAACCGCUAACGACGAGACCUUCACCCGCCUCUGGAUCUACAGCCAUCACAUCUACAACAAGAGCAAGAGGAAGAACAUCCUGGACUGGGCUAAAGAGCUGGAGCUGUCCGGGUUCAGCAUGCCGGGGAAGCCGGGGAUCGUGUGUGUGGAGGGGCGGCGGCGCUGCUGCGAGGAAUUCUGGGCCAGGGUGAAGGUUCUGACGUGGCAGCGCAUCAUGAUCCGCCACAGAGAGGAUGUCCCUCUGGAUCCCACCAAUCAGAGCGCAGAGUCGCUGCGCAGGUUCCAAGGGUUCGAGGAGGCGGUGUUCGAUCCUCACGGCAGCAGAGGGAACCACAUGGACCUCGGUCAGCUCUUCCAGUUCCUGAGCGAGCGCGGCUGUGCCGAGAUCUUCCAGCUGUAUUUCGGAGUUGAGGGACGAUGAGGAGAACGUGAGGAGAACCGGGGUGAUGAUUUUACAGUGUUUGCAGUAAGAGAACGAGGACGGUCCUCCUGUAAAAACUUGGACUGGAUUAUUUUCAUGUUUUUGUACAGAAAAGUUGGGACAGACGGUAAAAUGAAUAAAGAGAUUUUUAAUGUUUAA